AUGGAGAAAACGGAGAAGACAACUUCCUACAGCCAGGUCGCCUGCAUAGGAGCCGGCCUCAGCGCCAUAGCCCUGGGGGCGACCCUGAAAAGAUGGUACAAGAUCGAUAACAUCCGCUUCUUCGAGCGCCACGAGGAGUCGGGUGGAACCUGGGCGAUCAACUCCUACCCGGGAUGCGCCUGCGACGUGCCCAGCGCACUGUACAGCUUCUCUUUCGCGCUUAACCCGAAGUGGACCAAGUUGAUGCCCUCCUGGAGCGAGAUCAAAGCGUACCAGGAAGGUAUCGUCGAGCAGUACAGCCUGCGCGACAAGAUGCGCUUCCGCACAGAGGUUGUCCAAUGUAUCUGGCAGGAAGGCACCGCGCGCUGGUUGCUGGUAGUGCGCGAUCUUGCCUCAGGAGAGACCUUCCACCACGAGUGCCAGAUCUUGAUCAGUGCCACGGGCCUCCUCGUGCAGCCUCGAGAGUGCGAUAUCCCCGGGGCAGCGAGCUUUAAGGGAGCGCUAUUCCAUUCCGCGCGAUGGGACCACAGUGUGAAUCUGGAAGGGAAGCGCGUCGUCGUCGUGGGGAACGGAUGCACCGGGACGCAGAUUGUGCCGGCGAUCGUCGACAAAGUUUCUUCCGUCACGCAUGUGGUUCGGACCAAGCACUGGUUCGUUGAGGCGAUAAAUGGCGCGUAUCCUCGUAUCCUGAUAUGGAUCUUCCGCUUCAUUCCCUUCGCGAUGCGACUGCAUCGACUGCAUAUCUUCCUACUCAUGGAGAUGGCCUACCGCCUAUUUCCUAACACCAAGGCUGCAGCGAGACUGCGCCAGAAGACCCGGAACGAGGCAGAAGCGUAUAUCCGCCAGACCGCGCCGGAGAAAUAUCAUGACCUGCUGAUACCCGACUUUGAGAUUGGAUGCAAGCGCCGCAUCUUCGACCCAAAGUACCUGCCAACACUGCACAACGAAAAAGUGAACCUCACCAAAACAGACAUCACCGCGAUCCUCCCCGACGGGAUCCAAACCACCGACGGGUUCAUUCCCGCCGACAUCAUCGUCCUCGCCACCGGGUUCCAGACCAACAAAUUCCUGCCGUACACGCAAGUCCACGGACGCAGUGGGACGAUCCAGGAGCACUGGCAGCGGUUCGACGGGCCCGAGGCGUACAACUGCACUGCGCUGAGUGAUUUCCCCAACUUCUUUAUGAUCCUGGGACCGAAUACCGGCACGGGACAUACAUCUGCGCUGAUGGCGUCGGAAAAUGCGAUCAACUUUGCGAUGCGCAUGCUGAAGCCCGUGCUGAAGGGCGAGGCCGACUAUGUCGAGGUCAAGCAGGAGGCGGAAGACACAUACGCACAAAAUAUCCAAGCUGCCUUGCAGGAUACGGUUUGGAAUACCGGAUGCACGUCGUGGUAUGUGGGGCCCAAUAAUUGGAAUUCCAUGACCUAUCCGUGGUCGCAGGCUCACUAUUGGUACCACUGCUUGUUUCCGACAUGGUCGGACUGGAUAGUGAAGGUACGUAAGAAUACACACAUAUCGUUAACUAACUGA